AUGGCAGUUCUUCGAAGAGAAAAAGGGCAAUCACUUCUCGGAUCUCGAAUCGGCAUAGCCAUUUUCAUUGGUGUCCUUUUUGGCUGCGUCUUUGCUGUGUUUUAUCCUCAUGGGUUAUUUAGCUCCGAUCUGGCUAGCCGACGUCAUCGAAUUGCUAAUUCUAAUCUCCAGACUGGCUCGUCUUCAUGUGAAUUGCCAGAGCGAGUUAAAAUGCUGAAAGCUGAUAUUGUGUCGAUAUCGGAGAAGAAUGCCGAGUUGAAGAAGCAAGUUAGGGAGCUAAACAAAAAGCUGCAGCUGGCAGAACAAGGACAAGAUCAUGCUCAGAAACAGGUUUUGUUACUGGGUAAACAGCAGAAAGCUGGUCCUUUUGGUACUGUCAAGGGUUUGAGAACUAACCCAACUGUUGUUCCUGAUGAGUCUGUGAAUCCUAGACUGGCAAAACUCUUGGAGGAAAUUGCUGAUCGUAAGGAGCUUAUAGUUGCACUUGCAAAUUCAAAUGUGAAAACCAUGUUAGAAGUCUGGUUCACUAACAUCAAGAAAGCUGGCAUACACAAUUACCUUGUUGUAGCAUUAGAUGACCAUAUUGUAGAUUUCUGCAAGUCAAAUGAUGUUCCAGUGUAUAAGAGGAAUCCAGAUAGUGGUAUUGAUUCUGUUGCAAGAACCGGAGGUAACCAUGCUGUUUCUGGACUGAAGUUCCGUAUUUUGAGGGAAUUUUUGCAGCUGGGUUACAGUGUUCUUCUGUCAGAUGUUGAUAUAAUAUACUUACAGAACCCAUUUGAUCAUCUUCAUCGGGAUUCUGAUGUUGAAUCCAUGUCUGAUGGUCACAAUAAUAUGACAGCUUAUGGAUUUAAUGAUGUCUUUGAUGAACCUGCCAUGGGGUGGGCCCGUUAUGCUCAUACAAUGAGGAUAUGGGUUUACAAUUCUGGAUUCUUUUAUAUAAGGCCUACACUUCCUUCCUUUGAGCUUUUGGAUCGUGUGGCGGGUCGUUUGUCUCGAGAGCCAAACUCAUGGGACCAAGCCGUUUUCAACGAGGAGCUUUUCUUCCCUUCUCAUCCCGGGUAUGAUGGGCUCCAUGCUGCAAAAAGAACAAUGGAUAUGUUUUUGUUUAUGAAUAGUAAGGUCCUUUUCAAGACAGUGAGGAAAGAUCCUGCACUAAAAAUGUUGAAGCCAGUAAUUGUUCAUGUAAACUAUCACCCGGAUAAACUUCGAAGAAUGCAAGCAGUGGUAGAGUUCUAUGUUAAUGGGAAGCAAGAUGCGUUGGAUCCUUUCCCUGAUGGUUCUGAUUGGUCAACUCGAUUACCUUUGAACGGAAAUAGUGACAUUUUGUUGCAUCCUGGUGGAGUUGGGAUCAAUAACCCUGGUGGGCGGCUAGGAUAUGACUGGACCAGCAAGGACCAUGAUCCUCAUACUUCUUGGCUCGAAUCCCUUUUAGAUCCGUUGAAUUGUCCUGUUUUUAAGGGUACUCUGUACUUGUUAUUGGUUGAAAUGGAGAGGUUUUCUCAGAGAGAAAGUGUUCUGUUACCGGUGAUAAACCAUCCAAGUUCUUCUCCAAAGAGUCAAUAUGGAAACUCAGAUGUUGAUUUUACCGAUGUUUUUGGUGGCCCGCCGAAGCGAUUGUCGCUUCAGCAGGUUCGGUAUAGUUUUGCUGAAACAACAGAUUCAUUUGUAUCAAAAAAUGGUGAUGCUGAAGCCAAGUUGUCUCGCAACAGUUUGUCUGGUCUACGUGAGAAGCCAGUGUUUGGAGAUGAAAAUGUCAAUAGAAGGCGAUAUCCAAGCAAUGAUUUCUUUGAUGAUAUUUUCAAGGGCAACGAGUCUUUGGGUCCUUCUCCGAGGAAAGAUGACCGCGAUUCAUUUUCUUCGAGUCCAUGUUCCAGAGUCUUAAGCCCUGCUGGACAGCUGCCAGCUAGAGCUGAUCCCUGGAGCCCAUCACUGCCUGCACAAUUCAGCCUCCCUGCCAAACUGAUUAAAGGAAAAGACUUGCCAACAUUUAUUUCUAGUGCUCGUAGCCAUCAAAAAAAUAAGGAUGGUGCUUCAAAUGACGUGAGCAAUUAUACACAUUCUUCUCUGCGUAGAUCUGCAAGCCAAACGAACCAAGUUAGAGACCAGUUGACUAAUGAUGUCUCUUGGCAGAGCGAUUUAUCGAACGAGCUAUCUCAUAGCAGCAAGGAGUCAUCAAACUCGACCAAACCCGAAGAAACAGACAAAAGCAGAAAUUUGAAAAUGGAUUCGGAGAGUUCUGAAGUUCCAACAAAUGGAAACCAAUUUCAUUUUUCUAUUUACAAGUGGGCAAGCAAAGGAAUGCUCUUUGCGAUGCCUUUUAGAGGAGCUAGCAAAACAAGGCUCGAUGAACAGUGCAAACUUCAGAGAUGUUCAAGUGCUAAUGGAUGGAUAGCAAGCGAGGGUAUAGCAAGAGAAUUACGUUCAGCAACUUCACAUGAUAUUGAUGUUCCCUCGUUCAGUAGUGGCAUGGAGGUUAACAAACAAGAUAAUCACUUCAUCUUCGAUACAAGCAUUCAGGGUGAAGUAGAACCGCGUCAAAUUGUUGAGGACACAAUUUUUCCUAUAUCUGAGUUGGAUGCUCCAACCACUCAUCAAGUGAUUAUUGAAGAUGGUCCUGGAUAUUCUGUCUUAGAGCCUUCAAUAGAAAUAAAACAUCACUCUGCUCCUGAAAUGGACUUAAUAGAAAAAACAAAGGAAGAAAUUUCUGUAGUUACGCAUGAGGGUCACAACACCAAGUUAAAACCACUACGUUCCCUGUUAUCUGAGAAUGAUGACGAGCAAGGUACUGAUGAGAUGAGAAGAAAAACUGAGGUAAAUCGUACCAAAAAAUCAUCUGCAGUUUUUGAUGUUAGAGAAAAUGUAGAGGAUCGAGGUGAGAAAAGAGCUACAGCGAAUAGUGUAGAGGUGGACAAAGCUAACUUUCAAUUUUCAUCUACAAAAUCAAGAGACAGCCUUGGGAAUAACAGAGCUAGGGGAAAGGUCAAGGAAUUUGUUAAAAUUUUCAAUCAGGAAGGUUCAGAAAAACCCAACAUCGAUGUUAAUGACUCUCAACAUCAGGGUUCUAGACGAACGGAAAGAGGCAAAUUCAGGACUGACAAUACCAUGAAUGUUAACAAUAAAAACAUGCCAGAUGUUUCAAUCCUGGUCGACGAAUGUUUUAUACAAUCUGAGAAACAACGUGCUGAGUCAAAGGGAAACAACCUUAAGUCCAUGAGCAUUUCUUCUGGAUGUAAGGAUAGCUCAGUUUCAACUGCAGGUAUUUUGAUAUUAAUUCUCAACCAGAUGACUAAUGCGGCUUCGAUAUAUUUGUGGGAAGAGACUAGGUAUAAUUAUGAGAUGCAUGAUGCUAUAGGUUAUUUUAGUUGUUUCAUGUUAACUGGGAGAUUUUGGAUACCAUCCACCGAGACAAAUGAUUUUUAUGCAUUAAUAUCAAUGAUGAAGCAGCACGGUAUGUUUCAUGUUCAUCUGAACCAUGAUUCAUAUAUUCCAGUUAUGCAAUUUCGCUAG